UCAGCUUCCAUGUUCCAUUACUCUCUUAAAAGGUCUAGUUUGGAGCUUCAAUUCGGUUCUUAGCUUCUUUGUUAGUUUAAGAUCAGAUCGAGUUUGAAAAUAAACAAAAAUGGUGUUAUUAUUACUACUCUUUCUUCUCCCUUUCACUCUUAUUUUCAUUUAUCAUUACAUUUUUCCUACUUCUCCAUCUGGUCCUCCGAGGCUUCCAAUCAUUGGAAACUUGCAUCAAUUUGAUAGUACAGAGUUUCAUGUCUUCUUGUGGAAACUUUCAAAAAAGUAUGGUUCCCUGAUGCGCAUAAAACUUGGUUACCGAGAAGCUAUCGUGAUUUCUUCAGCAACAAUGGCUAAGGAAGUCUUGAAAACACAUGACUUGGCGUUUUCUAGCAGGCCAUCAUUCAUAGGCCAGCAAAGGUUGUCCUACAAUGGCUUGGACAUUGCGUUUUCACCCUACAAUGAUUACUGGAGAGAGGUAAAAAAGAUUUGUGUUCUUCAUCUCUUUAGCCUCAGGAGAGUGAAGCAGUUCCAACCAAUCCGUGAAGAUGAAGUCUCUCAAAUGAUCAAUCGAAUUUCGAAACGUGCCUUCUCGUACCAACAAGUAAAUCUAAGCGAGAUAGCCAUGUCUCUAACCAGCAACAUAAUUUGUCGGUCCGCUUUUGGGUUAAGGUACGACGAGGAAGGGCAGGAAAAGAGGAGGUUUCACAAACUUUUGAAUGAAGCUCAGGCAAUGUUCGUGGAAGGGUCGUUAGUUGCUGAUUUUUUCCCAUCUUUUGGCUGGAUGAUUGAUAAAUUCACUGGAAAGGUGGCAAGACUAGAGAGAGUUUUCAAGGGGCUGGAUUCCUUUUAUCAAGAACUCAUUGAUAAGCAUCUACAGCCAAAUAGGCCAAAAUCGAUGGAUGGUGAUAUAAUUGAUAUUUUACUGGGUUUGAUGGAGGAGAAUUCAUCUUUGGUCAAUCUCACUUGUGAUCACAUUAAAGCUGUGUUAAUGAAUGUUUUCGCUGGAGGGACGGACACAAGUACGGUUGUUAUAAUCUGGACUAUGACAGCUCUAAUGAAAGAUCCAAGGGUGAUGAAUAAAGUUCAAAAAGAAAUGAGGGAGUUUAUAGGGGAGAAAGGCAAAGUAGAUGAAGACGACAUUAAACAACUACCAUAUUUCAGGGCAGUCAUAAAAGAAACUAUGAGAUUGUACCCACCGCUCCCACUCUUGGUUAAGAGAGAAACCAUGUCCAAAUGCACGAUUGAUGAGUACGAAAUCAAGCCAAAAACGAUUGUCAUUAUAAACGCUUGGGCCAUUGCUAGGGACCCCAAGUACUGGAAAGAUCCAGAAGAGUUCUAUCCAGAGAGAUUUCUUGAUUGUAACAUUGAUUACAAAGGACAAAACUUCGAACUCAUUCCAUUUGGAGCAGGCCGGAGGAUGUGUCCCGCAAUGGCACUAGGGCUUGUAGUGGCAGAGCUUGCACUUGCUAAUCUUCUUUAUGCAUUUGAUUGGGAACUGCCUUCUUGGAUGAAGAAAGAAGACAUUGACACUGAAUCUUUGCCUGGACUUGCUAUGCAUAAGAAGAACCAUCUUUGUCUUUUUGCUAAAAGUGCUCACGUGUAGAUCGGCUAUAUGGAAUGAUUGGAGUCUACAAAUAGUCAAAUAUGAAGUUCUUAAGCAUAAGUUUUGUUGUUAAUAAGCUUUAGCGUUCAUUAUGCAUUUUAUAGAUGUACCGUGUGUGUAAUAUAAUAUUCCACUUGUGCUUCAAUUUGGUCGGUCCAUUUGUGAUCAAACAAUAUGUUUUACUCUUCUAGCUUUGCCAAAAAGGUUUAGUUUGUGUUCAAGUAACAUCUAUCAAUACUACUAAUAAAAAUAAAAUUUUACAUUUUC